AUGGAGUACCGAUACCUGGGAAGAAGCGGGCUGAAAAUCUCGGCGCUGUCGCUGGGCGGUUGGAUCACAUACGGUGGCCACGUCGACGAAGAUGAGGCCUUUUCCUGUUUCAAGGCCGCCUACGACACGGGCAUCAACUUUUUCGAUACGGCGGAGAAUUAUUCGGCCGGAAAGGCAGAGGUCAUCCUAGGCAAGGCGAUCAAGAAGUUCGGUUGGAAGCAGAACGACCUGGUGAUUUCGACAAAGGUCUACUUCGGACUCAACAACUCAGCACACCCGGAACGGCCACUGAACAACAACGGGCUGUCGCGCAAGCAUGUGAUUGAAGGAGUCAACCAGUCGCUUGCACGACUAGACCUGCCGUACGUGGACAUCGUGUUCGCGCACCGACCGGACCGCGACACGCCGAUGGAGGAGAUCGUGCGGGCGUUCAACUACCUGAUCGACAGCGGCAAGACCUUCUACUGGGGCACGUCCGAGUGGUCGGCGGUCGAGAUCGCCGACGCGUGGCGGGUGGCGGACCGGCUGGGCCUGGUGGGCCCGCUGGCCGAACAGCCGCAGUACAACCUGCUGGUGCGCGGCAAGGUCGAGGACGAGUUCCGCUGGCUGUACGAGAAGUACGGCACCGGCCUGACCGUCUUUUCGCCGCUCAAGCAGGGCAUCCUGACCGGCAAGUAUAACGGCCAGGACGCCCCGCCGCCGGGCAGUCGCCUGGCCGAGGCCAAGGACAAGUUCACCGUCGCGUACAGCAAGACCUUCGGGAACGACGUCUGGCGCCGCGAGCUGGAUCAGGUCGCCAAGCUCAAGCCGCUGGCCGACAAGCUCGGCGUCACCCUGGCCCAGCUCGCCCUCGCCUGGGUCCUGAAGAACCCGAACGUUUCGUCCGUCAUCACCGGCGCCUCGCGACCCGCCCAGCUCCAGGAGAAUCUGCGCGCUCUGGAAGUCGCCGAGAAGUUGACCCCGGAUGUCUUGAAGGAGAUUGACGACGCUUUGGGGAAUGCCUUUGUCAACCCUCCACGAAGGCUGGGUUAG